AAUCAUCUUCACAAUCACAAUCAACACCCACAAUGGCAUCCUCAAGCAGCACAGCAACGCCCUUGCUCUACUCGUGUAUCGCCUACAAGAACACGAUCCUCGCCGAACACACGACCUCCGCCGCCUCAGCAACCUCGUCACUGGCAUCGCUCAUCCUCCCCAAGAUUGACCACUCGUCAGCUCAGAAGUUGACCUACACCCACGGCGCAAACCACAUACAUUACAUUGCAGAUGCUGCUCCAGCCUCCCCCGACAACGCACCUGGCCUCACAUACCUCGUCAUCGCCAAGCAAGACCUAGGCCGUCGCAUUCCCUUUGGCUACCUCGUCGAGAUCAAGAAGCGUUUCUUGUCGCAACAAGGCAACACCGACUUCUCUUCACUCCCCUCAUAUGGCGCCGCCGCCUUCAAUUCGGAUCUCAAGAAAUUGAUGGUUGAGUACGGAACGACAAAAGCUGGCCAGGAAGACGCCUUCAAGAAUGUCCAGGCCGAGAUCGACAACGUGAGAGACAUCAUGAGCAAGAACAUUGAGCAAGUUCUGGAAAGAGGCGAGAGAAUUGACCUGUUGGUCGACAAGACUGAUCGCUUGGGAGGCUCUGCCCAUGACUUCCGCGUCCGAAGCAGAGGCCUCAGGAGGAGAAUGUGGUGGAAGAAUGUCAAGUUGAUGGCUCUCUUGGUUCUUGUCAUUGUCUUCCUCGUUUACCUCCUGGUUGGCUUUGGAUGCGGUCUGCCUGGUUGGUCGAGAUGCAUCAGCCACUAAUCCCCAGCACGAACUCACGACUUGUCCUUUUAUCCUUACAUGUUUUUAACUUAGCCCAUGGUCUGUAUAUAUCUUAUCUGAUUCC